GGGCAGGCGCUGCCAGGGCAGGUGGGCGUGGCCGGGGGAGCGGGUGGUUGGAAUGGGGGCGUGGCCGGCGGCUGCGGCGGGGUCAGGGAGGCGGAGGCCGGGCGGGUUUGGGGGCUCGGUGCCGGUCGUACCGGAGGGAGCCGGCCAUGGACGCCACCACGUUGGAGCUGGACGCGGUGAAGUUCGCGCAGCUGGCGGUGCAGCGGGACCACAGCGGGCGCUACCAGGAAGCAGUCUUCUACUACAAGGAAGCUGCACAAGCCUUGAUUUACGCUGGGAUGGCAGGGUCCAACUUGGAAAAUAUUCAAGAAAAAAUAAAUGAGUACUUGGAAAGAGUUCAAGCUCUCCAUUCAGCAGUUCAGUCACAGAACACAGACCCUCUGAAGUCAAAACAACAGUUGGACUUGGAGCGUGCUCACUUCCUAGUUACACAGGCUUUUGAUGAAGACGAUAAAGGCAAUGCAGAAGAAGCUAUUGAGUUGUACUCAGAAGCAGUGGAACUCUGUUUGAAAACAGCUACUGAAACUUCAGAAGCAGGCCUCCAGUCCAAACUGAAACAGCUGGCUCGACAAGCACUGGAUAGAGCAGAGGCACUGAAGGAAUCUAUGUCAAAGUCAUCUCAGAAGAAGUCAACUGCAGCUAAACCAAAUCAUCCAGUCAGAACAUUCUUUCCAUUGGGACCUGAUUUUUCUUUAAAUGAUAAACCACAGACAAUCAGAGCAGUGCAAGCUAGUGAACCUCAAGGUCAGAGAUACACUGCAGAGGAGAUUGAAGUUCUGAGGAAAACUUCAAAAAUUAAUGGCAUCGAAUAUGUACCUUUCAUGAGCGUUGAUCUGAGGGAACGUUUUGCCUUCCCUAUGCCCUUUUCUGAUAAAUGUGGGAAGUUACCGUUAUCCCCCAAACAGAAAGCAAUGUUUGCUAAGUGGGUGCGACCAGAUGAUAUAACAAAUAACCCCACGAUGAUUUAUACUGUAUCAAGUUUCAGCAUAAAGCAGACAAUAGUGUCAGAUUGCUCUUUUGUGGCAUCACUAGCUAUCAGUGCAGCAUAUGAAAGAAGAUAUAACAAAAAAUUGAUCACAAGUAUUAUUUACCCUCAAAAUAAGAAAGGAGAACCAGAGUAUAAUCCAUGUGGUAAAUACAUGGUAAAGCUUCAUAUCAAUGGUGUACCUAGAAAGGUAAUCAUAGAUGACCAAUUACCUGUUGAUCAUAGUGGGGAACUUCUCUGCUCUUAUUCUAACAAUAAGAAUGAAUUAUGGGUAUCAUUAAUAGAAAAGGCUUACAUGAAGGUCAUGGGAGGAUAUGAUUUUCCUGGAUCAAAUUCUAAUAUUGAUCUCCAUGCACUGACUGGUUGGAUACCUGAAAGAAUUGCUAUGCACUCUGACAAUCAAGCUUUCGAUAAAGAAAGUACUUUCAGAAUACUUCAUCAGAGAUUUCACAAGGGAGAUGUCCUUAUCACAACAGCAACAGGGGUGAUGUCUGAAGAGGAAGGAGAAAAAUGGGGCUUAGUUCCAACCCAUGCAUAUGCAGUCUUGGACAUAAGGGAAUAUAAGGGACUUCGGUUUCUUCAGUUAAAAAAUCCCUGGAGCCACUUACGUUGGAAGGGACGAUACAGUGAAAAUGACACAAGAAAUUGGACUCCAGAUUUACAAAAAUACUUGAACUUUGAUCCAAGAACAGCUCAGAAAAUCGACAACGGCAUUUUCUGGAUUUCCUGGGAGGACCUGUGCCAGCACUAUGAUGUUAUCUAUUUGAGUUGGAACCCAAGUCUUUUUAAAGAAUCUACAUGUAUUCACAGUACCUGGGAUGCCAAGCAAGGUCCCGUGAAGGAUGCCUACAGCCUGGCUAAUAACCCUCAGUACAAGCUAGAGGUCCAGUGUCCACAAGGUGGAGCUGCCGUCUGGGUCCUGCUCAGCAGGCACAUCACAGAUAAGGAUGACUUUGCACACAAUCGGGAAUUCAUUACAAUGGUUGUAUACAAGACUGAUGGCAAAAAAGUUUACUAUCCAGCUGAUCCUCCUCCAUAUAUUGAUGGUAUUCGGAUCAACAGUCCUCAUUAUCUGACCAAGAUCAAGCUGACCUCUCCGGGGCCCCAUACAUUUACCUUAGUGGUGUCCCAGUAUGAGAAACAAAACACUAUCCAUUACACCAUCAGGGUGUAUUCCAUGUGCAAGUUCACCUUUUCCAAGAUUCCUACACCUUACACCAUUUCCAAACGGGUUAAUGGACAGUGGAAAAGUCACAGUGCUGGAGGAUGUGGAAAUUUCAGAGACACCUACAAAAAUAACCCCAUUUAUCAAUUCCAGCUGGACAAGAAUGGACCAUUACUAAUUGAACUACGGGGACCAAGGCAAUACAGCGUUGGUUUUGAACUCAUCACAGUCUCGACAGUAGGAGAACCCGGUUCCUACGGCUUUCAGAAAAAGAGCAGUGGUGACUACAGAUGCGGAUUUUGCUACUUGGAAGUGGAGAACAUAUUUGCUGGAGUUUACAACAUUAUCCCUACCACAUUCCUGCCUCAACAAGAGGGUCCUUUUUUCUUGGACUUUAACAGUACUUAUCCUCUUAAGGUAUCACAGCUGCAGUGAGGAGACAGAUCUAUGCAUUACUGUUUCAGGAUGUGGUUUUGAUCUGUCCCAUAGUCUGACAACAGGAGAAUAACUCUUAUUACACAUACACAGAAAAUAAAAUCAUUCUAAGCUAUAGCCAAAAGCAUGGAAUUGCUAGUUUGCCAGUUAACUGUUGUAGACAACUGUGGGAUUUGCUGCUGUGGUAUUGGAGCCACCACUGCUCAACAGGCUAAGUGCUUAUAGUCAAAUGGCAGACUCCCAUUUAUUGCUAUUUUUCCACACUUCAGAGUCUAGUGAGUUAAGAGGAAAACCUCACAGCGACAUUCUCUUCUCCUAAAUUACAGGGUAUAUGGGUUUAAGAUCCUAAAAGUAAACAUGUAAGAAAAAAUAUUCUUGAGUAUCCGUUUAUUCAGUCUCAAGACCAAAUAGCUUUUCCUACCUGUUUGUGCUGCCAUCUUGCGUGUUUUCAGCAUUGAGCUAGUUCUCACAAAUAAAUGUAAACUACUACUGCUGAGCAUAUAGUAUUCCAGACUAACAUGUUCAGCUUAUCCAGGAUAUGUAUAUUGGAGUAAAGAAAAAGGAAGAUUCUGGCUUUAGCUAUUGCUAAAAAAAAAAGCAAUGGCUUCACUCAUGUUACGUGUACUUGAGAGCUGUUACUUCAUACCUGCAUUAUUUUAGUACAUAGUAUUACAGCACAAGGCACUCUAUGGCUUUCUUCCUACUUUCUUUCCUACUUUCAUUCUAUGGCUUUCUGAUCAAAGAUUCAGAUCAGCAGUAAAAACUGGAGGUUAGGCAGCAGCAGCAUAUGGAGAGUGCAGCACAUCCUUUGUUUAGCAAGUGGGAAGGAUUUUCAUCUGCAGGUGCACUAGAAGAGUCCCUGUAUCUGCUGAGGCAGUCUCCUUUGCUGGUGUGAGGAGGUAGGGAACUACCCAUCAUCUGCAUCUUGGUAAAGAAAUGUUUUAUUCUCAUUAUCUUUCCAAGUGUUCAGCCUGAAGGGGAAUGAUCAGUUAAACCUCUCUCCCUAAUAAACUCCAUCUCCAAGACAUACACUUGCUGCUCCUAUUAUACCAGACAGCUUCUGGUAUGUCUUCUAAGUUGAAGUUUACCAGUUCUUUGGGCAACCUGUUCCAGCGCCUCAGCACCCUCACAGUAAAGAACUUCUUCCUUAUAUCUAACCUGAACUUCCCCUGUGUAAGUUUGAACCCAUCAUCACCCCUUGUCCUAUCACUACGAUCCCUGGAAGAUUCACUAGAAUCCUCUAGACGACCUGUAUACUCUUCAGCUACAAAGUUUUUAAUUUAAAUACUGCUUCAGUGUUCCUCAAAUGCAUAAUUUUUUGACUUUCUACAAAUGCCAGAACUGAAAUUCCACUAUAUUUGACAGUUGGGGGAGAGGGAGUUCUUAAAGAUGUUCUUUGCCGUUUAGGAUUGUUUGGUGGUUUUCUAAACAAAAAGGCAGCAUUUAAAUCUUACCUUAGAGCACAGGUGCCACUUGGUCAUUGGGAAACUGAGCAUACCUGCUACAGGAGUAUUAGUACAGUGCUAUUAGCCCUCUCCAUCGAGUACAAGAUCCUUUUAUUUCAUUUCCUUCAUCAGAUAGCUGUUUAACAAGUGUCUAUCUUGACAAGGGCACUGAAAACACAAGCCUUUGAAAACACAUUGCCUUUCUGACUGCAGUUCUUGCAGAGACCAUCUGGGCUAGGAAAUUUGUGACAGGUUUGUCACAGCGUGACUUGACUUACCUUCUUUUGCAGGAAAGUUUCUGAUGAUUAUUGAACAAAUUAACAGACAGCACAGCAGAGGCACAAGCUGAGCAUAAACCACAUUAGGUUCUUUGUGGUUAUCCCUGGCUUCUGGUAUGCAUCAAGGACUGCUUCAUCCCUACAAGAUUAAUUCUGAUCCCAUUUUCCCUACAAAUUUGUGUUGAGUUUUUAGCUGAGGCUAAACCAGAAUGGCAAUGGAGUCCUGCAUAUAUUUCUCACGUGUGAAGUUAGAGUUAUGAAGUCUCAACUGAGAAUGUAUUUGACAGGACAAAAGGUUUUGCCAGAACUGCUAGCUUUCACUACUGAGUUCUUGCAUGUCCUUUGCUGUUUGAGAUCAGGCUGGUAGACUUGUCUACAGUAAAAUCUGUUGUCAUUCUUCUGUCUACUCUGCAGGAAGGGGUUUUCUUUCCUUUUUCCCCUCUCUGAGCACAAGCUAGUGCCGAAGCUUAUGCUGGAUCAAACAAGUGUAAGGCUCAGUUUUCAUGAUGUGCUAAAGUAAAAGCAAGGAAUGUACUCACCUUCUUAAGGACAAAGGCUCCUGUUCCCACCAAGAUCCAUUGACAUUUCUUGAAUAUACAGGACAGGCAGUGGAUUGGGCUCAUCCCCAUAAGCACACAGGGUUUACAGUUAGUAUCAGUGUCCAUACACGUUCUGUCCAUACAGAUUCUGCUUGUGGCAAAUUACUUUUAUAAUAAAAUUUUCUUACCCCUUUUUCUUAGGGAAAAAAAAGGUUCAUGUCAGCACUUAUGAUUUGCUUUGAUAUUUUCUGACAAAUAUAUAACUCUAUUUUUUUCCACAAAUAAAUCUGGAAAAAUUAUUGGAAAGCGAACUCAUCCCUAGAUUUUUAACACAGCAUCUAGGUUAAGCUUUUCUUUCCUCGAUAUCCCUUACCAUUUUUUGAUCCACAUGACAGAGACUAUAAGAUGCUGAUGCAAGCAUGGAAGCGUUAUGCAGCAAGGCUUCUAGAAAGGUAUAAGGCCUGCGUGUGCAAAAAUUUACAUAGCUGCACAACAGCUCAGCCUGUAUCAAAGCUACACCGGUCAUGUUACUUCCAGUUUGACAGCCAGGCACCUCUUGCCCCUUAAGUCUUUUCUGCCUGUAAACCUGCAGUUCAAGCCUUUAAACAUUCAAAUACAAAGCCUCAUAAAAUACACCAACAAGCAUCCUGCUCUCCCAAGUUGUUUAUCACAUGCUGGGCAGUUCUGAACUACUGCCUGAGCAAUAGAACAAGCAGCCAGUUACUCUGAGGGGCUUUAAGAAGAUUUAGACUUUGAUUUACUAACUAACUACCAAGGGAAGACUACUGCAAAGGAAUGACUUUCAAUUCUCUGUCAGCAGUGCAGAGGGGUAGCUGGAGAUAUAGCCUCUGCACAAGCUCUGACACUCUCCUCAGACUCUGCAAAGGCUUGGUUGUAGAGUUUUGGGGGUUUUUUUUGAGUCCUACUUUAAAGCCCCGUAAUGCUGCUGUUAUAGCUCAGGAUGAGCCAGCUUCACAGACACACACCUCCCCCGUUUGUUUUGUCAGGAAGACACAGGUUAAUACUUGGUUACUCCAAUCUAUUAGUUCUCAAAGACUUAGAGGAAGCACCAUGGAUGAAUGGUAUCAACAGCUUCUAUCUCAUCUGCCUCGUGAGUCUGAGAUUCAGCCCUGGUUUCCUCAUGCAGGUUUCACAUACGUAACUACUUUGUACAAUAAUUACACACUUGACCAUACAAUCUAUGCCAAGUUUGACCAAGCAGCUAAUUAGAAUAAAGUCUGUGUACUUACAGUAGAGGUCUUCAUGACUUAGUCAAAAAGGACAUUUACAUUGUUUGAUUAAUACCAAAGAAGUAGAAUUCUUAAGGUACCUUCUGCUUUAUACAUUCUCACUUCAGCUGAAGUGAUCACAUGUACUUUGUUACACCAGAGGCUUAUUUUUAUACCCUUGAAGGCAGCUACCAUCAUAUCAUGCUUCAGAACACAUGAAGAGCUCCAGCAGACAACAGCUCAACUACAGAAGUUUAAGUAAAAAUAUGUAAUACAAUGUACCACUUCUGUACGGCUUUGCAGUUUGUAUUCAGUACUGUCAAUCCCAAGCUUUUCCCUGGGUAAUGGUCAGAUCAGAAGCCAGAACCAUGGACUUCCUUCCUAAGUGGCAACUAGGCUGGGAAAUGCUAGCAAGGGAAGAAUUCAGCCUUCGGGGCUUCAGAAGAUGUAACUGUAUAAAUAAUUAAAGCUAUUAAUGCUUAACA